AUGUAUGGUGACACCAACGGCCCUUACCCUGGAUCCAGCAGCUCUAAGAGCCAGAGUGACUAUUGUCCUUUCUCCGAGGACCCAGCAUCCCCUUUGAACCCUGACUUUUACCCUCUGACUGACCGCUUCAAUGGCCCCUCCACAGCCCCAGCCACUGUCCUGGAUAAUGCUAACAGUAACCCAGACCUCUGCAGUGACCUGCCCAUCAACAGACUGGCCAACCGAACCAUUCUCAUCUUCAAGGGUCAUUUCUUCUGGACGAUGGACCCCAGGACCAAGGCCCUUUGCCCAGCCCGCAACGUCAUGGAGGAGUUUGGCAUUCCGUCCCCUAUCGACAGUGCCAUCACCCGCACCAACUGCCAGGGCAAGAGCUACAUCAUCAAGAUACUGUAGAACUGCAGAGGAAAAACCUAGAACCUGAGAGAAGUUCAGAGGGUUGGGGCAGUGGAGAUGCCUUGGUGGAACCAAAUGGCAACACUUUUGUCCCCAUCUCUUUUCCAUGUAAGGCUACUGGAGGAUGGCCAACGGCAAGAAGGAGCCUGGUUACCCCAAAUCUGUUGUCUCUAGUUUUGAUGGUCUGACUGGCACCAUCACUGCAGCCCUGUCUGUGUCUGUUACCAGGAGAAGGCCUGAGUCUGUCUACUUCUUCAAGAAAAGUUAGGGAGAGCUUUGAGGAUUAUCACUACCGAACCUACUCCCAUUGCUUUACAUGAUGAUUUACACCAAUGAGCUUGCUUCACUCAAUCCUAAUUGACCAUUACUUUUUCACAGGAGGCACCAUGCAGAAAUACUCCUACCCUGCUGGAAGUAGCCCCGUCUGUGGCAAGAAAUCCAAGUCCAGUACCAAGAAACAGAGCAGAGGUGCGUCUGGGAGUAGAGAUUAACAUCAAGCCGUCUCUGAAAGGCUUCCCCUCCUCAGUGACCUCAGCUGUGUCUGUCCCCAGCGCCAAGAAGGCCGACAGAUACUUCCUAUUUGCUGGACCCAAGUCUUAGUCUGAGCGCUCUACUUCAACAUCAAGAUAUCUGGUGACCUGCCUGCUCUGGCCAAACCAGACAACCCCGAUCCCCGCCAGAACUCCAUCAACUGGCUCAAGUGUGCCUAGAGCCACCCUAUGGAUGGCCCACCGACAACGCACGACUACGACAAACAUUUUAUU